GAGGUUCUGGCCCAUCAAAACAUUUCAACGCCCUUAUCCAUCGGAACAACCUCCAUGAGCCACUUCUCUAAGGCUGGAUGUACCUCCUGCUAAUAUUUCACUAAGAAGCUUACACGGCCUGGAACGCCUGGGUUCAAAGCUUUGUAGGAAUGUGUCGGAGUCUACAGGCUGAAUCAGAUGAAGUUCAAACUUUGAAGACACCACAGAGAGGUGUCAGAGACCAUCACAACUGAAGACCUAUUUUUACGUCACUGUGGUGUCUUUGCACCUAAAUUCCAUUGACCAGAGAUUUCAUCCUGUAGACAGGCAAUGGGUUCUCUCCCAUCACCCUCCAACAUAGUGACAGUCCCCAAAAUAAUGACCUUUGAUGAUCUUCUCAUCGAGGCCGGGGGGUUCGGACGAUUUCAGGUUAUUGUUUUAUUGAUUCUUUGUAUCCCUCGGCUCAUCAUCCCGCUCCACUUUCUACAACAUGUCUUCAUCUCAGUUGUGCCACCCCACCACUGUGCCAUCUCUACCCAGAGGAACCCUGGGAACCUGAGCCAAGAGGACCUUCUCUUCAUCAACAUCCCCCAAGAACAAGAUGGGACCUUCAGCUCCUGUAAAAUGUAUUCUCAGCCACAGCCUCACCUGAUCCUCAACAGAUCCCAGGAGACCAUCAAUGGAUCUGGUGUGCAGAGCUGUGACCAGGGCUGGGAAUAUGACCUGUCCACCUUCUCCUCCACCACCGUCACUCAGUGGGAUCUGGUGUGUAGCCACAGAGGGUUGGGUAAAGCUGUGGCCACUUUUUUCUUUAUUGGAGUGAUGGUGGGAGCUGUAAUUUUUGGAGACCUAUCUGACCGAUACGGCCGCAGAAUGAUGCUCUUGGUCUCCAUGCUCCUGGCGAUGGUGUUUGGGGGCUUAUCUGCUUGUUCCAUAUCAUACCCUAUGUUUGCUGUCAGCAUGGCCCUCUCUGGAUGCACAUUUUCGGGACUCAUUCUUAAUAUAAUUUCUUUAAGUGUGGAGUGGGUGGACAUGCGUCAUCGCACAGAUGCUUCAAUAAUUACUGGUGUCUGCUGGUCUAUCGGAGGCUGUAUCCUGGCACUGAUAGCGUAUCUGCUGAGAGACUGGCGCUGGCUGAUGGUGGCCAUCACUGCCCCUUUUGUCCCGGCCGUUAUUACCAUCUGGUGGGUUCCUGAAUCUGCACGCUGGCUGUUGGCAAAGGGUCGCACUAAGGAGGCUGAAGCUCUGCUGAUGCAAUGUGCUGCAGCAAAUGGUUGCAGUUUGGAUGCAUUCAAGAAAAACAGUGAGAGUAUCCAAGCACUGGCAGAAAAUGGAACUUCAUCUAAGACCUAUUCUUACCUCGACCUCUUCCGAACGGCACGUCUCCGGAGGAUCUCUGUGUGCUGCGGGCUGGUGUGGUUUGGUGUGGCAUUUUCCUAUUACGGCAUCAUUCUGAAUGUCUCUGGUUUGGGAUUUGACAUCUAUCUCACCCAUUUGCUCUACUCCUUGGUGGAAUUCCCUGGCAAGCUGGGUGUCUAUUUCCUCAUGAACCAUCUGGGCCGUCGCUGGUCACUGUUCCUCACCAUGCUCAUGACCGGAGUUUGCAUCGGAGUGUCUGCUGGCAUACCUCCAUCUCUGGGCCCAUUCCGCACUGCAGUGGCCAUCACUGGAAAAGGAUUUUCUGAAGCCGCAUUUACAGGCCUCAUCCUGUACACUGCCGAGCUCUUCCCCACUGUGAUCAGGCAGAAUGGCAUUGGAUACACUUCCUUCGUAGGGCGAAUUGGGGCCUCUGUGGCUCCUUUGAUAUUCCUGCUGGAUGACAUCUGGCACCUCCUUCCUCAGACCAUCUUCUGUGUAACUGCUGUGACUUGUAGCUUUGUGGCCUGUCUGCUGCCGGAGACAACAAACGUGCCUUUACCAGAGACCAUCGCCGAUGUGGAAUGUAAAAGGAACUCCGAGCUGCUGAAUAAUGCCGAUACCCCACUCACAGACCUGGCACCGAGAUGCACCGGGUGACCCAGAGACCAGAGGAGGGCGCACUCAUCCAAAUUUGUAAAUGUGGACUUUCCUCUGACUUUCCUAUAGGCAUUUACCAUGAGUGUGGUGUACUGGGGACUAAACAUAUGCACUUCAGGAAAAUAUUUUCUUUUUCAUUCAAUUUGUUUGUUUUUCUAGUUUUUAGGGUCAUCCGUUAUGACUGAAAUUCGUUAUUUUGAAUACAUUCAUAACCUCGGAAGUCAGAAAUUCGAAAAUCCGAAAAUGUGAAAAUCUGCAAAUAAGAAAGAAAAUCUAAAAAUAAGAAUGAAAAUUCUAAUAUACCAUGUGACUCUAAUAUAACAAACAUGUCUCAAAUGGAAUAUUAAUGUCGGAAAUUUGACGAAAUUCAAGGUCAUAUUUCAAAGAUUUAUUCCUUUUUGACAAAUUCUUUAAUUUUUUCAUUCCAUCAGACCGUUUUCAUCAGACGAACCGAUCGUGUGUAGAGGUGCUUCUCUUCUAUUUUAUAAUUCGUUGUGG